AUGGGGCAGCAACUAACAACCCCCUUAAGUCUUACUUUAGAUCACUGGAAGGAAGUUACAACCCGAGCCCACAACUUGUCUUUGGAGACCGGCCCUCAUGGCCAUCCUGACCAAGUCCCCUAUAUUGUCACUUGGGAGGAUCUCGCUCGAGAUCCCCCAAAGUGGAUUGAGCCUUUUCUCUCCCACUCCCCCAGCCCUCUGCCUUUGCCCACUCCCCUCGUCCCUCUGCCUUCGCCCACUCCCCUUGUUCCUCUCCCUUCUGCCCCUCCCCCAUCCUCAUCCUCCCUCUACCCCUUAAAAGAAUUGUCAGGUUUUAGGACUAAGGACUCCACCAAACCCCCUGUUUUGCCAGAAAACCAGGCGGACUUACUGCUCCUAGAUCCCCCGCAGUUGCUAGAUCCCCUACCACCUUAUGCCCAACCCGCUCCGGGAGGGGAGGAACCCAGGGGCCCGCAGGAGGACUCCCCUUCCCCACCUGCUCCCUCCCCAGACUCCACUGAGCCGGAGGCGGGGCCCCAGGCACCCCGCUGCCUCAGGCGCCCUCUCCACCUCCCAGCAGUCGCUUGUGCCUUCACCACGAUUGGGCGAGCAGACCAACUGCAGCUGCCUAAUGAGAUAGAUGAAGUGUUUCCUUUGACCAGCCCUAAUUGGGACUUCAACACCGUGGCUGGUAGGGAGCGGCUCCGUCUUUAUCACCAGGUUCUUUUGGCGGGUCUCAAAGGGGCCGGAAGGCACCCCACCAAUUUGGCCAAGGUACGUGCGAUAAUACAGGGAGUUGAGGAGACACCUGCAGGAUUUUUAGAGAGACUAAUGGAAGGAUAUCGUAUGUAUACGCCCUUUGACCCCUCAGCUCCAGAUAGGCAGUCUGAUGUGAUUAUGUCCUUUAUUGGGCAAUCUGCACAGGACAUUCGGACCAGGUUGCAGCGGUUGGAGGGGCUUCAGGGGUAUACAUUGCAGGAUUUGGUCAAGGAAACGGAAAGAAUUUUUAAUAAAAGAGAGACAAAGGAAGAAAGGAAAGAGAGGCUGCGUAAGGAGCAGGAGGACAGGGAAGACAAGCGAGACAAGAAGCAUCUGCUGCUCGGGGCUUCCUGUCUGCCUUGGACAGAGAGCCUGUUUGUGCAAACGCCUAAUAAACUCCUCUUGCUUAUUGCAUCUGCUGGUUUGGAGUCUUGGUUCUUGGGUGCCCUCCCGUUGAAGAAAGCAUCCCAGUGAGUCUGGGGUCUUUCAAUAGGACAUUGGGUUAAGGACUGCCCGAAGAAAGGCCAGACGAGAGGACCCCGAAGGCCUGCCCAGGUGCUGUCCUUGGAAGGAGAGGAAGACUAGGAUAGUCAGGGCCAGGAACCCCCCCCCCAGCCCCGGGUAACCCUUCGAGUGGGGGGCCAGCCAGUGACCUUCUUGGUCGACACAGGUGCCCAGCACUCCGUUCUAACCCAACCAGGAGGUCCCCUGAGCACUAAAAUGUCCUGGGUACAGGGGUCAACAGGGGGAAAACUGUACCGGUCGACAACUGAGUGCAAAGUACACCUUGGGACAGGACUAGUUACUCAUUCGUUCCUCCUAGUCCCGGACUGCCCCUAUCCGUUAUUGGGGAGGGACCUCCUCUCCAAAGUCGGAACCCAGAUUUACUUCCAGGACAAAGGGGCCUCAGUCAGAGGACUCCAAGGGCAGCCGCUUAAAGUCCUAACCCUGCGCCUGGAGGAUGAACAUCGGCUGCAUGAAAAUCCCCAGUCAGCCUUGAUCAACCCCCAGUGGUUGUCAAAUUUUCCCCAGGCUUGGGCAGAAACAGAGGGGAUGGGGUUAGCUAUAAACCAGCCUCCCUUUGUCAUUGGACUUAAGCCCUCGGCUACCCCUGUGAUGAUACGUCAGUAUCCACUGAGCAGGGAAGCCAAAAAUGGAAUCAGGCCACACAUACAAAGGCUGCUGCAAUUUGGCAUCCUAAAGCCAUACCAGUCCCCAUGGAACACCCCUUUAUUGCCCGUCAAGAAGCCCGGAACGGGGGACUACCGUCCGGUACAGGACUUGAGGGAGGUGAACCGGAGGGUGGAGGGUAUACACCCUAUGGUGCCCAACCCCUACAACUUACUGAGUACACUGCCCCCAAGUCACACAUGGUAUACAGUGCUAGAUUUAAAGGACGCUUUCUUCUGUAUAAGACUGAGUCCUCAGAGCCAGCCAAUUUUUGCCUUUGAGUGGAAGGAUCCAGAAUCAGGUUUUUCAGGACAGCUCACAUGGACAAGGUUACCACAAGGAUUCAAAAACUCCCCGACCCUGUUCAACGAGGCUCUACACCAGGACCUGGCUGACUUCAGGGUCAGCCAUCCUUAGUUGACUCUUCUACAGUACGUGGAUGACCUGCUUCUAGAGGCCGAGACUUGGGAUGACUGCCUAAGAGGUACCGGGGCCCUAUUAAAAAGACUGGGGGAGCUAGGUUAUAGGGCCUCAGCCAAAAAGGCCCAGAUUUGUGCCUGACAAGUGGCUUAUCUGGGCUAUAAGUUGGAAGGAGGGCAGAGGUGGCUGACGGAGGGUCGUAAGCAAGCCAUCACCCAGAUACCGCAGCCCACAAGCGCAGGAGCCCUGAGGGAAUUCCUGGGAUGCCCUGGAUUUUGUCGCUUGUGGAUACCAGGAUUCGCUGAGUUGGCAGCUCCUCUGUACCCUCUUACCAAGGCCAAUGCCCCAUUUUGAUGGGAAAAAGAGCAACAACAAGCCUUUGAUCAAAUCAAAAAGGCCUUACUAUCAGCCCCAGCUUUGGGCCUCCCAGAUGUGACCAGGCCAUUCACUCUAUAUGUGGAUGAACGACAGGGGAUUGCAAAAGGAGUUCUGACUCAAAAGUUAGGGCCCUGGAAAAGACCAGUGGCAUACUUUUCUAAAAAGCUGGACAGUGUGGCGGCCGGAUGGCCCCCGUUUCUCCGCAUCAUUGCAGCUGUAGCCAUGUUGGUAAAAGACUCUGACAAGUUAACCUUGGGACAGCCCUUCAUGGUGAUGGCCCCCCAUGCCAUAGAGACAGUCAUCCGCCAGCCCCCUGCAAAUGCCCAGAUCACCCAUUACCAGACAAUGUUGUUAAUUCCCGACCAGAUUCGGUUCGGGGCCGCAGUUUCUCUCAACCCAGCAACUUUACUUCCGGACCGGGACUCCCACCUCCCCAUCGAGCAUGAUUGUCAUCAGAUCCUGGUGGAAGUUCACGGAACCCGUGAAGACCUGACCGACCGACCUCUGCCAGAUGUUGAACACACGUGGUACACGGAUGGGAACAGCUUCCUGUACAACGGUGAGCGGAGAGUGGGGGCGGCAGUGGUGGAUGGGACCACAGUUAUCUGGGCGUCAGCCCUAGAGCCUGGAACAUCGGCACAAAGAGCCGUACUCAUCGCCCUGACACAGGCGCUAACGAAGGCUCAGGGAAAGAAAAUUAACAUCUACACCGACAGUCGGUAUGCUUUUGCUACCGCACAUGUCCAUGGAGAGAUCUAUCGAAGACGGGGCCUAUUGACUUCUGCGGGGAAAGACAUUAAAAAUAAAAAGGAAAUCUUAAACCUCCUGCGGGCCCUCUUCCUGCCUAAAAAGGUGAGCAUCAUCCACUGCCCGGGCCACCAGGUAGGAGGGGACCCUGUGGCAGUGGGAAACAGGAUGGCAGAUGAGACUGCUAGAGCGAUAGCAUUACAACACCAAACCCUAACCCUAGCCACACCCCGCGACCAACCACCGCUCAAGCAACCUCUUCUCCUGUACUCGGACCAGGAUAUGGAAACAGUUAAAAAGUUAAAGGCAACCUACGAUGACCUGACUGGGACUUGGAAAUAUGGGGACAGGACAAUAUUACCUAGAAAGGAUGCCAAGAGACUGGUCACCUAUCUUCACAGAUGGACCCACUUGGGUCACAAAAAGCUGGAGACUCUUUUACAAAGAGAAGAACAGUUCCAUUAUAUCCAGGUUAUUGACUCUUGUGUCCCCUGCGCCAAGGUUAAUGCAGGCCGGUUCCUGGCACCCGCCGGAACCAGAAUGAGGAGAGAACGACCUGACACCAACUGGGAGAUCGAUUUCACUGAAAUCAAACCUGGCAAGUAUGGAGCUAAGUAUCUCCUAGUCUUUGUAGAUACCUUUUCCGGCUGGACAGAAGCCUUACCCACCAAGCAGGAAACAGCACAAGUGGUAGUCAAGAAGAUUCUGGAAGAAAUUUUUCCUCGAUUCGGGCUGCCUAAGGUAAUAGGGUCAGAUAAUGGCCCUGCUUUUGUCUCCCAGGUAAGUCAGAUGGUGGCCAGGCUAUUGGGGAUAGAUUGGAAGUUACAUUGUGCUUAUCGACCCCAAAGUUCAGGACAGGUAGAGCGUAUGAAUAGAACAAUUAAAGAGACCCUAACUAAAUUAGCCCUAGAAACUGGCACUAAAGACUGGGUCCAAAUCCUUCCCAUGGCCCUGUUUAGAGCUCGAAAUACCCCAGCAAGCCAUGGACUGACACCCUAUGAAAUCCUCUAUGGGGGGGACCCCCUCCUAUAGCAGAUUUCCUUGAUCCUGCUAUUGACUCUUGCAAAUACUCAAAGUUUACAGGCGCGGCUGCGAGCCCUGCAACUCAUUCAAAAGCAAGUGUGGAAGCCUUUGGCCAUGGCCUACACAGCCGGGAGUUCCACCAUCCCACACCCCUUCCAGAUCGGCGAUGAGGUGUAUGUGAGAAGACAUCAGUCCAGGACCCUCAAACCUCACUGGAAAGGUCCAUACAUGGUACUACUGACUACCCCUACUGCGCUGAAGGUAGACGGGAUUGCCGCCUGGAUCCACGCCUCCAAUGUCAAGUGCACACUGCCUGGAGUUGCCUGGAGUCGACAAGGAGUCGACAAGGAGUCGACAAGGACCCUGCUGAGUCACCCAGAUGGAAGUUGCAGCGCACUCAAAAUCCUCGCAAGAUAA